AUGUUCUGCUUCACUCAUACAAAGGAGGGAAAAGUGUCUCCAGACUUCAUUGUCAAGCCAGGCUGCACCUGUCAUCCAAGGGACUUGGGCAGUUGGGGGUUCUGGACCCUCAUCCCCGCCCGCACGCCCACCCCGCGCCGGGAAAGGGUGUUCCUGGGGCGGGCAAAGGGCGGGAAGAGAGGCGUGUUAAGAGCGGAGAAAAUAAGCGGUGGCUGUCGGCGCAAACGGAGCCAGCACCCCACGCUGCUGCCGUCUCUAGCUAUGGGGCUGCAGCCCCGGCGCGCAGCAGGACCAUGCCCGCCCGCGGGGCGAUGCACCGCGCUGCCCGCAGCGCGCACCGCUGCUACCUGGGCCCGCAGCGAGGAGCCGGAGGGAGCUCCCGGGCGCACCGCCUCCCUGCCACCUAUCCUGCCGGCACCUGCCGCUUCCCCCGUCGCCGCCCGGGCGCAGCCCAAGAAACCGGCGGCGCCGGCCUCUAAGAAGGCAGCGCCUCGGCCAGGGGAGGAGAAGGCAGCGAGGAAAGUGCGGGGAGCGCCCCCGGAGCGGGCGGGUCCCCUCUCCAGCUCCUGGCCCUGCUCCUCCCUGCAACGGCAACCGCCGCGGAGGCCGCCGGCCGAGCGCGGGGCGCGGCCCCAGCCCGCCGCGCAGCCGCCGCCAUCGCAGCCGCGGGGCCGUCCCGGGGCGCCGGGGCCGGGCAGCCGCUCCUGCGAGAGCCUCGGCGGGGUGGCAGCGGAGCCGGCGGGGCGGUUCUCGCUGAGCCUGCCACCCGAGGCCGUCCGGGUGCUGCAGCGGCGCAGCCUGGAGCGGCAGCGGGGGCAGCCCGCCCUCUCCCCGGGAGGCAGGCUGGCCCCGGCCGCGGCGCGGCGCGGAGCCCGGGCGGGCGGCGGUGACCUGCGCGCCCUGCUGAAGAUUUCGCUGCUCAACGACAGGCACCGCUACGACGACGAAGAGUACGAGGAGGAGGAGGCGACGGCGGCGGGCACCGCGGUGGACGAGGGGCUGGUGCGGAAAUGCACCGAGUGGCUGCGCGGCGUGGAGAGCGCGGCCGGCCGCGACCGCUCGGACGGGCUGGAGGCGCUGCCGCACCUCGGCACCCUCUGAGCCCCGCCACGGAGUGGGGAGCGGGGCCUGGGGGAAGGCGGUGCCCCCCGGCGCUCCGCCGAGCAUUCAUGUCCUUUGUGCUGUCGUCCGCGCCGGGGAAGACCCGGCGGGAGAGGGUCGGGGCUGCGCGGCGGGGUCCGCGGCCCGGAGCCAGGCACAAAGGAACGGCGCCGGCCUGCACCCGCCCGUUGUCCCGGUGCCGGGGCUGAGAGGAGCGGGCUGUGGACGUCCCGCCUCGGCCGUCCUCCACCGCUUUUUUUUUUAAGACUUCUGACUACUUUUUAAGAUGUACGUCAUGGUUUUGUAUAUUUGUACAUAAAAGUUCGUUUUUAUUUAUUUGAAUAAACAGCUCGACUUUU